CGAACCGAUAUCAGGAUGAUGGCACCCAUGAUGGAUCCCUUGAUGCAGGAAAAGCAAUUACAACAGGAAUUAAUCCUGAUUCAACAUCAGCAGCAGAUUCAGAAACAGCUUUUGAUAGCAGAAUUUCAGAAACAGCAUGAGAACCUGACACGACAGCACCAAGCACAGAUUCAAGAGCACAUAAAGUUACAAAAGGAACUCUUAGCCAUUAAGCAUCAACAGGAACUUCUUGAAAAAGAACAGAAACUUGAACAGCAGAGGCAAGAACAGGAAUUAGAGAGACAUCGCAGGGAGCAACGUCCACCAAUCAAAAGCCGAGAAAGAAGCCGAGAAAGAGCAGUCGCCAGUCCUGAAGUGAAGCAAAAACUUCAAGAGUUCCUGCUGAGUAAAUCAGUAGCAAAAGAUUCGCUCUCUAAUGGAAAGAAUCAUUCCACUAGCCGGCGCCCCAAGCUCUGGCACACGGCUGCCCAUCAUACCUCAUUGGAUCAAGCUUCUCCUCCCCUUUGUGGGACAUCUCCUUCAUAUAAAUACACAUUGCCAGGGGCAAAAGAUGUCAAAGAUGACUUUCCACUCCGCAAAACUGCCUCCGAACCCAAUUUGAAAGUUCGCUCCAAGUUAAAACAAAAAGUAACAGAAAGAAGAAGAAGCCCUUUACUCAGAAGGAAGGAUGGAACAGUGGUCUGCUCAUUCAAGAAAAGAUUAUUUGAGAUGACAGAAUCAUCAGUUGGUAGCAGUUGUCCAGGAUCAGGUCCUAGUUCACCAUGUAAUGGUCCUACAAGAAAUACAGAAAAUGAAACAUCAGUAUUGCCAUUGAAUUCCCAAGCUGAGGAUAUGGUUCCACAACAUUGCAUUCUCAUCAAUGAAGAAUCAAUGAACCUUUUGAAUAUCUAUGCAUCUCCUUCUUUACCUAACAUCACUUUAGGACUCCCGGCAGUACAACCAACACUCACAGUAAGUGACUGGGUUAGGAAAAAACAAAAGAAUGAGAUGCAGUUAAUCAAGCAAGGAGUGGCCAUGUCUAGUCAGCCCAGGGGGACUAUCAGUUCACUUUCAAGUCCUCAGUCCAUUGUUCCAGAGGGAAAACCAAACUAUAGCCAUCAGGCUAUCUUGCAACAUUUGCUAUUGAAGGAGAAAAUGAGGCAGCAAAAACUUCUACCCACAGGUACAGGGCCUCUUCAUCCACAGUCACCAUUGGCAACAAACGAAAGAAUCUCACCUAGCCUAAGAGCUGCACAUAAGUUACCUCGACACAGGCCACUGAACAGAACCCAGUCUGCUCCCCUCCCUCAAAGCACUUUGGCUCAACUUGUCAUUCAACAUCAGCAUCAGCAGUUUCUGGAGAAGCAGAAACAGUAUCAGCAGCAAAUUCACAUGAACAAAAUGCUUUCUAAGUCCAUAGAACAAUUAAAACAACCUGGCAGUUUGGAAGAAGCUGAGGAAGAAUUGCAAGGAGAGCAUUUGAUGCAGGAAGAAGGAACUGCCCCUGUUGAUGUCAGCAUUAGGGAUGACAGCAGUAACAUUUCUUUGCAAAACAAGUUGGGACAAUCUUUUGGAGCUGUGAAGGUGAAAAAGGAACCAAAGGACAGUGAUGACGAUAUUCAAAAUCAGCAAAUGGAAUCUGGGGAGCAGUCUGCUUUUAUGCAACAGGUAAUAGGCACAGAUUUAGCUCCAGAUUUUAUCAUUAAAGUGAUUAUUCAGGUCCUGAAGCAACAGCAGUUACAGCAAUUGCAAGUGUACCAGGGUCAGACGGCUACAAUUGGCAUGGUGCAUUUAGAUGAGCACCAGCCUAGUGCCAGGACACAGACUUCCUUGACAACUUGUGUAUUAUCUCACCCAACCAUGGAUCAGCCUAUUCAACAAACCUCCAUGACGGGUGUUGCAUAUGACACACUAAUGUUGAAGCACCAGUGUUUAUGUGGCAAUUAUACCAACCACCCUGAGCAUGCUGGAAGAAUACAAAGCAUUUGGUCAAGAUUGCAGGAAUGUGGGCUGCUAAACAAGUGUGAGCGGAUUCGAGGUCGAAAAGCCAGUUUGGAAGAAAUACAGCUGGUUCACUCCGAACAUCAUUCACUGCUCUAUGGCACCAGUCCCCUGAACAGACAGAAGCUGGACCCCAGGAAAAUCCUAGGCAGUACACCUCACAAGUCUUUUUCAUUGCUGCCCUGUGGGGGUCUUGGUGUGGACAGUGACACCAUUUGGAAUGAGCUGCAUUCGUCCGGUGCUGCACGCAUGGCUGUUGGCUGUGUCAUCGAAUUGGCUUCCAAAGUAGUCUCAGGAGAGCUGAAGAACGGUUUUGCUAUUGUGAGGCCCCCAGGCCAUCAUGCUGAAGAAUCAACAGCCAUGGGGUUCUGCUUUUUUAAUUCGGUUGCAAUUACAGCCAAAUACUUGCGAGACAAGCUAAAUAUAGGCAAGAUAUUGAUUGUAGAUCUGGAUGUUCACCAUGGCAACGGUACACAGCAGGCUUUUUAUUCUGACCCCAGCAUCCUGUAUGUCUCUCUGCAUCGCUAUGAUGAAGGCAACUUCUUCCCUGGCAGCGGAGCCCCAAAUGAGGUUGGAAGUGGCCCUGGUGAAGGUUAUAAUAUAAAUAUUGCUUGGACAGGUGGCCUAGAUCCCCCCAUGGGAGAUGUGGAGUACCUCACAGCAUUCAGGACAGUGAUUAUGCCAAUCACUUCUGAGUUCAACCCUGACUUUGUAUUAGUAUCAGCUGGCUUUGAUGCUGUGGAAGGACAUGAACCUCCUCUGGGCGGGUACAAAGUGACAGCUCAAUGUUUUGGUCACCUCAUCAAACAGUUGUUGACACUGGCAGGUGGUCGCAUGGUGCUAGCCCUGGAGGGAGGACAUGAUCUUACUGCCAUCUGUGAUGCAUCAGAAGCUUGUUUAAAUGUUUUACUGGGAAACGAGUUGGAACCCAUCUCUGAAGACAUCCUUCAUCAAACACCUAAUGUGAAUGCAAUAGUUUCUUUGCAAAAAUCUACUGCAAUUCAUAGGAAGUACUGGAAGUCUGUGAAGCCUUAUAUCAUGCCAGUUAGCUGUAAGUUGGCUGAAACUCAAGAGAGAGAGGAGACAGAGGCAGUCUCAGCCAUGGCCUUACUUUCAGUGGAUGUUGAGCAGUCUUUUCUAAAAGGACAUGGCAGGUAAGUCCAAAAUC